AUGUUCAAUCGAGGGGACAGGAAGACGUCGCUUGGGGCAAAUUCCAGUAAUACUAGUAUAGGAAAUGGAAUUAGCCCGCCCAAAAGAGGUUAUUCAAACUCACCAAACAUCACAAAUAAUAGUAUCAACAAUAAUAAUAAUAAUAUAAAUCUAAAGCAAGAUUUACUAGAUGAUCAAAAAGAAGAAAUUAGAGAAGCAUUUCAAUUAUUUGAUAUGAAUGGGGAUGGAUGUUUAGAUUAUCAUGAAACAAAAGUUGCUUUUAGAGCAUUAGGAUUUGAAUUAAGUAAACGUGAAGUUUUAGAUAUUAUACAUGAAUAUGAUACUGAUGAUACAAAUUUAAUAACUUAUGAUAAUUUUUAUAAAACUGUGGGAGAAAUGAUUGUUAAAAGAGAUCCAUUAGAUGAAAUACGUCGUGCAUUUAAAUUAUUUGAUGUUGAUGGAACUGGUAAAAUAAGUGUAAGGAAUUUGAGAAAGAUUUCAAAAGAUGUUGGAGAAAAUUUAAGUGAUGAAGAUUUACAAGCAAUGAUUGAUGAAUUUGAUUUAGAUGAAGAUGGGGAAAAUAUCAACAAAUUACCAAACCACUUAAAACAGCAUUGGAUCAAAGAACAAGAAAUAACAGCAUUACCUACAUUCAAAGGGUUUUUCCCACAAAGAUUACCAAAAUCACAACAGAAAACAAGAUUUGAAGCAGGAAUUACUGAAGGUGAUUUAGCAUAUGUCACGGAAGGACCACACAAAGGUAAAAUAGUUGAAGUUUUAACAUAUAGUCCGGAAUUUGAUUCUGUAUCAUUAAGUAAUAUCUCCACAAAAAAAUUAUUACCAAAACCAUUUUGGCCAGAAGGUCAUACAUCACAUGUAUUUGAUUUCCCAGAUUACAUACCUAGAAAUAAAGUAAGAGUCGUAGGUAAACAAAAAGAUGAAGAAAGUGGGAAGAUAUCGUACGUUGUAGCAGAAGGCAUUCAAAUGAAAGACUCAUAUUACGAUGACAGAUAUAAAAAACAUAUACCAAGAAGAUUUAUAAAAUAUCAUGAUGAAUAUGAAUUACCAUGGCCAAACCCACCAAAGAUUAAUGAUGGAGACUUAUCAACACCAGAAAAUGUAGUUUUGGAAAAAACUUUUGAGUUUAAUACAAUUGGGAAAUCAUCAAUACCGAAACAAUUAAUAAAUCAAUUACGUAAUCCAUAUAGUAAAUUUAAAAAGAGAACAUUAGAUGGUUUACAAGUUGCGAAAUUAAAUGGACCAGAAAUGCCAUUAACAAUUGAGCAAAAAAUCUGGUUAGCUAAACAAGCUGAAAAACCAAAGAAAAAAUUAUAUCCAUUAUCUGAUGAAAUCAAAGAAUUUAUUGGUUCCAAGAUGGCUGAUCAUAUGAAUAAGAUUGAAAGUCCUGAACUACGUCAACAUUUGGAAGUUUUAUCAAAAGUUAAAAUACCCGAUUAUGAAAAGACCUUGAAACUUAUCGAAGAAACUGCUAAAGAUGAAGAAGAGCAAAUAACGAAAUAG